UGGGAGUGGCAGAUAUUUGUAGCAGCACGAGUUGAUUUCAGUGAGCAGAAUUAAAUCCAGGGCGCGUGGAUUAAAACAUCUGCAGUAAAGUCGUAGACAGCUGCUGGUGGUGGAGCUGCAGGUGUGAGGAUGGGGGGAAACAGCCAGAGUCACUUCUCUCUCGAGGAGAGUGAAGGUGGAGGAGUAACGUUUGUGAAGGGCAUACGGCUGUCGGACAGAGUUAUCAACAGGAUGAAGCAGCCAGUAAAGGUUUCCUCCUGUCCUCACCUACAAAAUCAAACUCCUCCUCCUCCACCACCUGUAGAAGAAACAUCCACCCCAGCCCCCGCCCCCUCUGUUGAAGACCUGCUCCCGCUUCUGACACCCCCAACUCCGUUCAUUGCUGCUCCUACUCCUCAGGAAGCCCCAGUUGCACCUCCACCUGUAAAACUCGUCCCUCCUCCACGUGUCAAGUUUCACUCCAUUCCCCCACCUCCGCCUAUAGAGCUGGAAACCCAGCCUCUACCUAUGGAGCUGGAGGCCCCACCUCCACCUGCACCUGUUUCAGAACCUCCUCCAUCUCUGACUAUCCCACAAGUAGAAGCACCUGUGGAGCCUCCACCUUCUCCACCCUCUGUUGAAUCCAUCAUUCCACCUCUUGUUGAAACAGAAACACCACCUGCACCAACCAUAAACGAACCAAUAGUUGAACCUGUCAUUCUUCCUCGACCUGUGGAGUCAUCUCCUGUGGCUUUAACUCCACCUGAACCUUUAGCUCCAUCUCUGCCCUCUGAGAUUGUAAAAGAAGUGGCUGCACCUGCUGCUGAGCCAGUUGCAGCUCCCUCUGUUGAACCAGUCACAUUGCCUUCAGCUGUAGAGCCCCCACCAGCCAUGGCAGCUCCACCAGAAACUCCAACUGUCCUGGAACAACCCACUGUAGCUUCCUCUGUUGAACCUAUAGUCCCACCUCCACUUGUAGAGCCCCUGCCAGCUGCAGCAGCUCCACCUGAACUUCCAACUGUUCUCGAAACACCCAUUGUAGCUUCUCCUGGUGAGCCUGUCAUCCUUUCUCCACCUGUAGAGCCCUUACCGACUGCUGCAGCUCCAGCAGAGCCUGCAACUGUUCCUGAACCAACUGUUGUAGCUCCAACUGUUGAACCUGUUGUCCUACCGCCACCUGUAGAGCCCUUACCGGUUGUUGCAGCUCCACCUGAACCUUCAACUGUCCUGGAACCGACUGUUGUAGCUCCCUCUGUUGAGCCGGUCACCCUAGCCCCACCUGUAGAGCCCUUACCAGCUGCUCAACCUCCAGCUGUUCUAGAACCACCUGUUGUAGCUCCUACUGUUGAACCUGUUGUCCUAUCGACACCUUUAGAGCCCUUGCCAGUCAUUGCAGCUCCACCUGAACCUUCAGCUGUUCUGGAACCACCUGUUGUAGCUCCCUCUGUUGAGCCGGUCACCCUAGUUCCACCUGUAGAGCCUUUACCAGUCAUUGCAGCUCCAUCUGAACCCCCAACUAUUCUUGAACCACCUGUUGUAGCUUCCCCUACCGAACCCGUUACCCUAGCUCCACCUGUAGACUCCCUACCAGCUGCUGAACCCCCAACUAUUCUUGAACCACCUGUUGUAGCUUCCCCUAUCGAACCUGUCACCCUAGCUCCACCCGUAGACUCCCUACCAGCUGCUGAACCUCCAACUGUUCUGGACCCACCUGUUGUAGUUUCCUCUAUUGAACCCGUCACCCUAGCUCCACCUGUGGAGGCCCUACCUGCUGCUGAACUUCAAACUGUUCUGGAACCCCCUGUUGUAGCUCCUUCUGUUGACCCUGCUGUCCUUCCUCCACCUGUAGAACCCCUAUCGGUCCCUCUUACACCACCAGAACCUCAAGUUCCCGCUCUUCCGACUGAGCCUACAUCCCCAUCUGUGACUGAACCACCUGCUGUAGCUCCUUCUGUUGAGGCUGUGGUCAUGCCUCCACUUGUGGAGUCCCUCCCUGUCACUGUUACUCCCCCCGAACCAGCCCCAUCCCUGCCCCCUGAAAUUAUCACUCCAACACCUCCACCUGUCACUGAAGCUGCUGUCGCUCCCUCUGUCACACCUCUUGAACCUGUUGUCCCGUUGACACUACCAGUAAAUACAAUCCAACCUCCACUGGCUGUUGAAUCUGUUCCAGUGGAACCAACAACCCCACCCUCCCCUGUUGAAACAGCCCCAGUUGAAGCUUUAGUUUUACUUCUACCUGAGGAGGCCAGCCUUAUGGAGCCCAUAGUGCCACUUAUUCCACUUGAAGAGGCUCCUCCAGCUGCGGAGGCACUACCUCCAUGUGAGCUGCUCCCACCUCCACCUACUACAGAAGUGGUGGCAGUGGCACCCCCUGAACCAGAGCUCACUCCUCCUCCCUGUCACUCUACGGAGCUUGCUGUUGUUCCUGCUGGUACUCCUCUCAGUGAACCCUCCUUAGAGCUUUUAGCAUCACCUCCACCUGAACCAGCUCCAUCUGCUAAGGAACCCACCGUGACCCCAUCUCUGCCGCCUGCCAUUGAGGAUGAACCACCUGUUGCGGAUUCAGUGCCUCCACCUGCACCAGCUUUGUCCACAUCUCCUGAAGAGGUGGAGAAGGAGCUGAGGCAGAAGAUCAAAGAAGAGAUGCAGAGGAGUCUGGCUGAGGAGAUCAGCCUGAGGAGGUUGGAGCUGCAGCAACAGCUGGAGGAGAUGAGGGUCCAGGCUGCUUUGGAGGCCAGAGCAGCAGCUCAGGCUCAGGUGGAGGAGCAGGUGAAGAAGACACUGGAGGCGGAGAAGCCAUCAUACAUGGGGAACCUGACGGAGGCCAUCAUGAAGGAGCGAAUGAAGACAGAGGACCAGAGGCUCAUGGUGCAGCUUUAUUGGAUGGAGGUGAAGGCUCAUCAGCUGGAGGAGAGGGAGAAAGCUUUGAGGAAACGAGACGCUCUUUACAAGGAACACGUCGCAAAACUUGAGGCAAAGUGCUCUGAGUUUUACAAAGUGACUGCUGAGAGCUUCCAGAAGGGCAAAGAAGAGACGCACAACCGUUUCAAGCGUUUUAAUAUCCAGCCAGUGUGUGCAGACCUGCAGAGUCAGAUUUUAAAAUGCUACAGGGAGAACACAGGAAAGACUCUGUCCUGCUCCAGCAUCGCCUCAGCCUACAUGCAGUGUGUGGACAACGCUAAGAAGAAUAAAUUGAGCCCUGGAGGUUAAUGUGGACCACUGGUCGAGGACGUUUGAACGCUUUUCUUCACUUCAGGAAAAUCAGCUGCAGCCUUUACUGGAAGAAGACAUGCCACGUACACUCACAGGUUAUGGUGUCACAAACAUUCGAAGCUUUGUCGUUUGCUUUAGUGCCAUGCUUGUUACCUCUCCAGUUCUUGGGAAUCACUUUUUAACCAAAUGUGCCACAACACUCACAGAUGGAGCACUACAUUUCAGGAGCUUGUGUUAGUCAUGAAUGCAAAAUGUAAGAAAGGUGCAGAAGAGUUGGGUUUGCUGGUUGAAUCAAAGUAAGGCAUUUUAUAUAUGAUAUAUAUAUAAUGAGUUAAUCAUCAUGUAUGUGUGCCUUAAAGUUGAGAAAUUUACAGUCUGAUUGCAAAUGCAUGCAAGAACACAAUGAAGGAGUUUGAAGAAUCACCUGUGUUUUAGGUUGCUCUGUACAUAAGUUAUAUCAGGGAUUUUUCUGGUGCAUGCAAAUAAAGAUAUAA